GCAGACUGUGUACACUGCAGUACAUGCGACCGUACAGCCGCUCUCUCAGCCUGGGUUCGUUUCUCUUUUUUUUAAUUUUAUUAUUCCUCCAACGCCAGCGACGACACGGAGGACAGCAGACAUCCGUGUGUUGAAGUGAAGUGCCGGAGAAGAUUUCAACGUAUUCGGGAGCUCCAACUUCCAACACGAACCGAGCUGUGUGUGGCGUUUGUGGACUGCAAAAGGAUUGGAAAAAAGGCACAGCAUUCCUCUUGACUACUCAUUGAAACGGGUUUUCCGAUCACAGGCAUCCCGGCCGAGCCAAAGGUGCAGUGGGGGCGAGGCUGCUCUCAGGUCAGAACAAACCCGUCACCAUGGAUGUGGAUGAGGAGGAGAAUAUGAGCCGAAAUAUUUCCACACUGCAGCAGCGCAAAGACAAACUAGCAAGUUCGAGCAGCACCGAUGUUAAGGAAAACCGAAACCUGGACAACGUGUCCUGCAAGGACGGGGUGGGAGUGGCUGAACAGCUCCCCAAUGGAAGCGGCCUGGGCAGUCGAAAGCGUCCCCUAGAAGAGGGGAACAAUGGACAUGCACAUUCAAAGUUCCGGGCCAAGAAGCGCAAGAAAACGCCAGGGCCAGUCCUGCCCAAGAAUGCUCUGAUGCAGUUGAACGAAAUCAAACCGGGUCUACAGUACAAACUGCUGUCUCAGACAGGACCAGUCCAUGCUCCUGUUUUUGUUAUGACUGUAGAGGUCAACGGACAGAUGUUUGAGGGCAUGGGCCCGACUAAGAAGAAGGCAAAACUAAAUGCAGCAGAGAAAGCACUGCGUUCCUUCGUCCAGUUCCCCAAUGCCUCUGAGGCGCACCUGGCCAUGGGUCGAACAUUGACGGUGAACACAGACUUUACUUCUGAUCAAGCUGACUUCCCAGAUAUGCUCUUCAAUGGCUUUGAGACACCAGCCGCACCUGAAGAAUCCUUCUAUCUAGGCUCCAAUGGUAGCAGCUCCUUAAACUCAUUAGGGGAAUACCCACUGCCCACACCACCUGGCAGCAACCUUGCCCAGGCCCCAUUGCCCCCUCCAUCUGCAUUCAGUUCGCCCUCCAGUGGCAAAAACCCAGUCAUGAUCCUCAAUGAGCUCAGGCCAGGCCUCAAAUAUGACUUUGUCUCAGAGAGCGGGGAGAGUCAUGCCAAGAAUUUUGUGAUGUCAGUAACAGUGGAUGCACAGACAUUUGAAGGCUCAGGGCGCAACAAGAAGUUGGCUAAAGCCCGGGCAGCGCAGGCCGCCCUCUCAGCUCUCUUCAACAUGCAGCUAGACCAGACGCCAUCCCGGCAACCCAUACCAAGAGAGGGAUUACAGCUACACCUACCCCAGGUUCUGGCUGAUGCCGUCUCUCGCCUGGUGGUGGAUAAGUUCAGUGAGCUGACAGACAACUUCACCUCCCCCCAUGCACGACGGAAAGUCCUCGCAGGAGUCGUCAUGACAACAGGCACAGAUGUGAAGGAAGCACAGGUCAUUUGUGUCUCCACGGGAACCAAAUGCAUCAACGGUGAGUACAUGAGCGACCGCGGCCUGGCGCUCAACGACUGCCACGCUGAGAUAAUCGCCCGACGCUCCCUCAUCAGGUACCUCUACACUCAGCUGGAGUUCUUCCUCAGCAACAACAAGGAGGAUCACCAGAAGUCGAUAUUUGUGCAUUGUGAAAAGGGAGGCUACAGGUUAAAGGACAACGUUCAGUUCCACCUCUACAUCAGCACCUCGCCCUGCGGAGACGCCAGGAUCUUCUCCCCGCACGAGGCCGGCGUGGAAGACCAAGGAGACAGACAUCCCAACCGGAAAGCACGAGGACAGCUGAGGACGAAAAUCGAGUCGGGGGAGGGCACCAUCCCUGUGAGGUCCAGCAACACCAUCCAGACCUGGGACGGGGUGCUGCAGGGGGAGAGGUUACUCACAAUGUCCUGCAGUGACAAGAUCGCAAGGUGGAAUGUGGUGGGCAUUCAGGGGUCUUUGAUGAGCUACUUCACAGAGCCAAUCUACUUCUCCAGCAUCAUCCUUGGCAGCCUUUACCAUGCCGACCACCUCUCCAGGGCCAUGUACCAGCGCAUCGCAGAUAUCGAGGACCUGCCUCAGCAGUUCACCCUCAACAGGCCUCUGCUCAGCGGUAUAAGUAAUGCAGAGGCCAGGCAGCCGGGCAAGGCCCCCAACUUCAGUGUGAACUGGACAGUGGGUGACCUGGCUCUGGAGGUGAUCAAUGCAACCACAGGCAAGGACGACAUGGGUCGAGCAUCCCGUCUCUGCAAGAACGCCCUCUACAACCGCUGGGUGCGCCUACACUCCAAGUUGUCGUCCAUCCUGUGGAUCAAGGUGCUCAGGCCCAGUUCCUACCAUGAAGCCAAGCAGGCAGCCACAGAGUACCACUCUGCCAAGCAGGCGCUCAUCAAGGCCUUCCACAAGGCCGGCCUGGGCGCUUGGGUCAAAAAGCCCAUUGAGCAAGACCAGUUCACCCUGAGCUCCUGAGGGAGUCAAGGGACCAAGGGAUUUCCUUAACCCCCAACUCCUCCUCCCCCCCCGACCCAGGCCUGAAAAGCAAGAGAGCCCCCUAUUAUCGACCAGCCCACAGAGACACUUACCUCCGUCCCAUGUGUCUGCGCGCACGUGCACUUUGUAAUUGUGGAAAUAAACGUGCGUAAAUCCACAAAAACCAUCCAUAGCUCAUCAUUCUCAUUCCUCAGAAGACCUCACAGCGCCGCUUCUCAUUCACGUUGAUUUCUGUCCUUUUAUUCUGAUUUUAACAGAUUUUUUUGUUUUCAUCUGACUUGUUUUCUGUUUUAAAACUGGAAUCCAUGGUUUUUGUGUUUUCCGAGAGAUGUUUUUAUGCCGUAGAUGUGCAAGUUGAAAUUACAAAGUUCUGUCUGUUCUCUUGAUCAGUGAGUGUAGCAAGUUUAGGGUGAAAUGUAGCCUAGAAACAGGAUCUUUGUUAACAAAAACCAACGUGUAUGGACCUAAAAAAAAAAAAAGAUCUAUAGAUCUCUAUAGAUCUAUAUAUAUAUAUAUAUAUAUAUAUAUAUAUAUAUAUAUAUAUAUAUAUAUAUAUAUAUAUAUAUAUGAGGAACUUUAAUUUAAAGAUGCAUAAAUCUUCAGGAUGUAAAUCUAGUACCGAAAAGAAAGAACAUACAAUAGUUAUGUAACGUUUAACGUGUGUUAUCCGGUCCGUUCCUUAGAUGAGACUACAUGUUCAUAGCCCCUGUAUUAAAGAUGGUAAUGUAACAACAUGUUGUGGUCCUGUUUGAUUCACUGAAAGAAAACGCAGGCUAGGUGUCGCAGCAGUUUUGUUGAUUUUUAUGUCUCCAUUCAUUCAUCCUUAAUUUAUUUUACGUCACUCUCAUUCCAUACUUGAACCAUCAUGGCGGGGUCAUGUUGAGAGCAUCGCAGCCCCCCUACACCUCCUCCUCCUCCUCCUCCUCCUCCUCCUCCUCCUGAUUCCUCCUCCCCUCGCCUGGGUCUUGGGACAAGCUUUGGGGAGGUGCUGCACGUUGUAUUUUUCCUUGAUCUAAGCCAUGGCUUUGCAUGGGAACUGAACUGGGAGGCCUACAGAGCAGAAAACACGUGGUGGAGAGCUUCCAUCAGUGAAUGAUUUUUGAAUGAAUGCCAGCAUCUUCCUCCACAGGCAGCUUUGAAUCUUUGUCUCUAUUUUCUAGAUUUCUUGUGAUUGUUUGUUUGUUUGUUUGUUUGUUUCGGGGGGAGGGACAGGGACAGUUUUUUUGUUUGUCGUUGUUUUUUUUUAAAGAUUGGGCAUUUAGGGAUCGGGGGAUAAUCCUGCAGUGAAAACAGCGAUAGCAUACACAGACCUCUCAGAUCUUGUAACUUUGUGGCAGGGAUCCAUGAUAGCUGUCAGUAGAAAGGCUCGGUCUAUGUCCUGGAGCGCAACAUGCAGUAAGCUACAUUGUGCCGGCCUGUAGUUAUAGUCUGAAAUGCAAAGAUUGUUGUAUCCCUCCACAACAGUGAAGUUACAUGCAGUCCCUGUAUGAACGGAUGCAACGUGUGCUAAUGUCUGACAAACUCUACCAAGUAGGUUACAACCAAAACGUGUCACAGUGUGAUGUCACCUCCGUCUCUUCUUCAUCUACAGAAACAAACGUUAGCUGCGUAGUCCUGGAAGACCUUUGUGAUCCGACCUGCCACCUUUACACACCCCGAGUGCGUAAAAAAAACAUCCUCAAGUUUUAAAAACCCAUACAUGAGGACACAUUUCCAAGUAACUGCAGUGAAUUCCUCUUCCCAGCUGUAGGAAAUGUAUGUGAGCGUGUAUGUGUGUGUGUGUGUGUGUGUGUGUGUGUGUGUGUGUGUGUGCGCGAUAUAUGUGUGUGCAAUAUAUGUGUGUGCUCAGACUCAUACUCUGUGGAAUCUUCACCAAAGAUGAUGAUGUCCAUGUGUGUUUCCUCACCUUUUCUUUUAUAAAUCGACCCUUUACUGUUUGUUUUUUGUACACUCACUUAACAACGUGCUUUUGAUUUUUAAGGGAGAUUUAAAAGAAAAAAAAAACAAAGAACUGUAAUCCAUCCAGUUUUGGGGGGAAAAAUGAAUUGUCAGGCUUCUUUAGUGCAUCUGUAGCUCUCCGUGGGCACUUGUAUAUUGUGACCUGCAAUCAUUGUUGCUGCAGUAUAAGUAGUUCUGUGUAAAUAAGGAACAACAAAAAUGACUAAAAUCUGUUCCCUGUACGAUCAGCCCAUCCCGCCCUUACAAACUGUUCUCCCUGUUGCUGAGAUUGUGAAGAUGUUAAUGUACCUAAGUAAGUAUUAGUGGCUCUCUGUGACUCGCUGGGCACCAUAAAGCAUGGCACUAACACUGCCGGGGUUUAACAAGCUUCAUCCCCAUUGUAGCCACCAAUGUUUAAAAAAAAAAAGAAGAAAAUAUGCACUGUCAGGUGCCUCAGCUAAAAGUGGCAUCCACCAGCUGGCACGUGUGAUGUCAUAUAUGUAACUUUUUUACUUCUAUUUGGUUGUUUUAUGAGUCUGUGUUAGAAAAGCAGGAAAAGGGAAAUCAACCAGAGUCGACUCAAAGGUCCAGUGUGUAGGAUUUAGGCAACGCAUCCUCAGUUACCAAAACAACAUCACCGCUGCAUCGUGACAGUGGCAGGUGUACCGGACAUUUGUCGUGCGCUCGCAGUUUGGUUACGUUUAUGUGAAACAGAGUGGUUUGGCUCAAAACAACUACGUCAAUUAUGCAACUUCAGUUUCUAAUUGUACUCGACGUAACUCGACGUUUGUAAGUUAAGAUUUUUGUGUGACUUGCACUCUCACAGUCAGCGCGAAACUGAACCUGAGCAUCUGUCCCUGACUUCCCGCUGCUACAGACUUUCUCGCUCUUUAGACGACUUCUCUUGACGUCCUCCUUUGCUGCUGCCAUAAUUGCUAUGGCCACUAGAGGUCGUUGCCCAACUGGACUGUAAGUAGGGGCCACCAGAGGUUGCUGCCUAAUGACCAACUUAAAUGUUGGGGGGUUUUUUCUUCCAAGGACGGGCUCAGAAGGGGCAUUUUUGCGUUUCUUUUUUCACAAUUUUAGCAGAAGAUGAGGCGAGGAGUGUUCAGUUGGUUGCGAUCUUCAACCUCACCACUAGGUGCCACUAAUCCUACAUACCGGACCUUUAAAAGUAGAAACCUAGGAAUUGGGUUAAGAAAAAAAAAAAGAAGAAGAAGAGAGAACUGUGGGAUCCAGUGCCCCCCCUGACAAAUCCAAACAUACCCAGACCAAAGUCACAAGCAAUACUCCUGAUGUCUCCUUUAAUGUCACCCCAUCGCUAACAGGAGUCUGAAUGACGUCUCCCUCCCCCCACUCCCCCUCUUCCUCCUCCUCCUCUUCUUCUGUCCUCUCUCUACAAAGCUGUCUGAGGAUUGUUUUUUGUAUAUUUCCCCUCUAAAGAGACUGCCUGCUUGUAGAGUUUUGUUCUUCUUUUGUCUGCACUAAAGAUGUCAACUGAUGAUGUCAUGAUAUAAAACCGUCCCCGUUUAUGGAUUGGAUGGCAACUAUCACAGCAAGAACUGAACUGCUUCUGCUUAAUCCAUUGUGAGUCCUCGAUGAUGAUUGAUGCCCCCCCACCACCACCACCACCCGACUGAACAAACCCUGCAGCUGCGUCUGUAUUUGGGUUUUUUUUUUUUUUCUUUGUUUCUGUUCUUUAUCGUGGGGGGGGGCUUUGACUCCAGAGUGGUCAGUGUUUGUCCACUCAAUAUUCUCCCCGUUGUCCCUCUCCUCCAGUUGUCCGAUGUGUGAAAAACCUGCACCAUCCGAAAAAAACCACAACCUUGCAUGUACUACCAACACUGAAGCUGCACCUAGCAUGAUGACAAACUUUUAAAGGACUCGAGUAGAAAAAAAAAUGAAUAAAAAAUAAACAGCUAAAGAUAGAUAUAUAAAAUGAACAAAAAAGAAUAAAAGAGUUCUUAGUUUACUUUUGCA